AUGCCAUUCUUCUACAGCAAAGGCAUUGGUGGUCGGCGCUUUGGAACGAGCAUCCAUGCCGACAGGCAUGGUGUGCGUCGAGGGCCGUGGAGGUUUAAUAUCUGCGGCUUCAACUGCUUCAAGAACCGGCAUUGA